AUGAGCAGCCGGGCAGGCCCGGGCCCCGGCCCCGGCGCCCCAUCUUCUCCCCCGCCCGCCUCCCCGGCUGCCCCGAAGUCCGGGUCCGAGGCCGGGCCAGACGAGCCCGAUGCUCCCACCACUUUCUGUAAGCUCCUGCCCAGGAUGUCCCCGUGGAAGUUCGCGGGCCCCGCCGCCUUUCUCAGCCGCAGCCCGUCCAGCGCGGGCAAGGAGCUGGCCCCAGGGCCGGCCACCAAGGGCAGCGGCCUGGAGGAGGUGGCAGCACCGGGAUCCGGGACUGGGUCCGGCCUGGCAGCGGUGCUGGGCGCCUGCGAACCCGUGUGCGCCAGCCCAUGCUCCUUGCAGCUGGUGAGCCGCUGCCGAGGAGCGGCCGGGACCCGCCACGCCGGGGCCGGGGCGCGGGGGUCAGGGCCCGGGGCACGUCCACCGCCGGCCGGCGACGAGUGGAGUCGCAAAGGCAGUUUUAUCCACAAGCCCCCGCAGGGCUGGCUGCACCCGGACGACAGGGUCCUAGGGCCUGGGGUCUCCUACAUCGUGCGGUACAUGGGCUGCAUAGAGGUACUACGCUCCAUGAGGUCCCUGGAUUUUAACACCCGAACCCAGGUCACCCGGGAGGCGAUCAAUAGGCUUUAUGAAGCAGUGCCUGGUGUCCGAGGUGCCUGGAAGAAAAAGGCCCCUAACAAAGCCUUGUUCUCCAUCCUUGGGAAAAGCAACCUCCGUUUUGCUGGUAUGAGCAUUACAAUCAACAUCUCCAUUGAUGGUCUCAACCUUAUGGUGCCCACCACUCGCCAGAUCAUCGCUAACCAUCACAUGCAGUCCAUCUCCUUCGCCUCCGGUGGCGACACGGACAUGACGGAUUAUGUGGCUUAUGUGGCAAAGGAUCCCAUUAACCAGAGAGCCUGUCACAUCCUGGAGUGCUGUGAAGGAUUAGCCCAGAAUGUUAUCAGCACCGUAGGCCAAGCCUUUGAGCUGCGUUUCAAGCAGUAUCUCUACAGCCCCCCCAAAGUGACCAUUCCCCCUGAAAGGAUGACGGGGAAUGAGGAAUCAGCCUGGGGUGAGGAAGAGGAUGCUACCGAGCAUGACUAUUAUAACAGCAUCCCUGGGAAGGAGCCACCCCUGGGUGGCCUGGUGGACUCCCGGCUCUGGGCGCCCAGCUAUGUCCACACUCAGCCACCCAGCUCUGGGGCCUUCAGCCAGCUUGGAUCACUUGCCCGGAGAGAGCAACGGAGUCAGGCUGGCCUGCACUGGGACCUGGGUCCCCCUGGCCAGCCUUGUGAUGACGGCUACCUGCAGGCAGACAGCCGGCCCCUGGGCUCCCGGGACUAUGAGGAGCAUAUGUACGUGAACACACAGAACCUGGAGAGCUGGGAGAUGGAGCCGGCUGCCCCGGAGGAGAGCCCCAAGAAGGACCUUUUUGAUAUGAGGCCCUUUGAAGAUGCUCUGAAGUUGCAUGAAUGCUCAGUGGCCGGCAGUGGUCCUGUCCCCAUUGAGGACCAGUGGCCCAGCCCACCCACCCGCCGAGCUCCCAUUGCCCCAACGGAGGAGCAGCUCCGCCGAGAGCCCUGGUACCAUGGCAAGAUGAGCCGGCGGGCAGCAGAGAAGUUGCUCAGGGCAGACGGGGACUUUCUGGUGCGGGACAGCGUCACCAACCCUGGACAGUACGUUCUCACAGGCAUGCACGGUGGACAGCCCAAACACCUGCUCCUGGUGGACCCCGAGGGCGUGGUACGGACCAAGGACGUGCUGUUUGAGAGCAUCAGCCACCUUAUCGAUUACCAUCUGCAGAAUGGGCAGCCCAUCCUGGCGGCUGAGAGUGAACUGCACCUACGUGAUGUGGUGAAGCGAGAACCCUGA